AUGGUCUCGUUCGUCCAGUCCCUGCCUACCAGCCAUAACUCAGUAUCCCCGAGCUCCGCCCCGAGGUCAUCCUCUAUUGAGCCAGGAACCCUACUCGGUCGGCAUUAUUCGUACCAGAUGCGCAGCCCGGCCAUGGGCGCAGACAUCGCGCAGGACGCAGAGCCCCUAUCCCCAAGCCCGCCGCUGCCUCACCACCACUCCUCACAAAAGAGACAUUCGUCGCCGUUCCCCAAGUAUCUUGCCGAACGCACCGCAUCCCACUUGCGCGCACGCGACGUAACUGAGGACAACUACGUCUCCUACGUCGGCGCCAAACCUGCCGAAGGUGCCUACGGAGAACCCUACCCUUCCCCGCCGGCACAGCCCACGCCGUCUGCAGAGUCGGAAACCAACAGUUCCGUCACUGUCGCGUCCCGCUCCACCGCUUCUACGGAGGCGAAGGCGAAGCAUCCCAAGACCACGAGCAAGAAGAAGGCGGCGGCGGCGUAA